GGUAACGCGAACCGAAACGUAUAUGGGUGAACAGGAACGAAUCUGAAAGUGAGGAAGGAAGUAAACUGUUUGUUUCUCGAAGGACGUUUUUAUUAAAAUAUGAAAAUGAUGUUACUAUUCUUGUCUUCCUAAGGUUUUUGGUUUCAUUUUUAAUUGAAAUACUCAUUUAUUCAUAUGCGCAGUAAAAAUGAUCUAAAUAUAACUCUUAUUUGAAACAUAUAAUUUAAUUCGCGAAUUUCUUGCUGAGCGUUCUGUUAAUGUGCGGAUAUUCUGUUUUUAAAUUCCUUGUGAGAUAUAUUCCUGAAUAAGUCAUUCAGCGUUUAUAACACAUAUAUGAUUGUGAAAAAAAAAAAGGAAAGGGAAUGUCGACAGCACGGAUCCUCUUAAACAUUUCGUCAGCUGAUGUUGUUCGUUUGAAUUGCCAUCCAAGGAACUAGGAGGAAACUCUAUGAUGGUAGUGAUAAGGAGCGCGCCUUGCUUCCCCACGUGUGUGCCGAAAAAUAUGACAAUCCUAGGUAUAAGCACAGAGAGAAAAUUGUAUUUUCAUCAGAAAGUAUGGAUACAAAUCAAUCAUUUAUGAAAGAAAGAUGUCAGUCUGGAGAGAAAGAUGAACCAAAUAAACAAGUAGACAAUAUCUCUAAACAGGACUCUCAUUUUUAUGAUAUCUCACCUAAAGAAAGGCUAUUAGCUUCAGAUGAAACUGAUGAACAUGUUACCCCCAAUAUAUCAAAUCUUAGAAAUGAAUGUACUGACUCCCCUAGAACUAAACUUGCUAAAUUUAUACCUGAAAGACCUUUUAAAAUAAAUGGAAAUGUAAGUCAAGUAUGUGAUAGUAAAAUAUUUAUAAAGCCUACUAGUUUUACAAAUGGAAGUAGAAGUUUCCAUGUUGCUCUUUCAAUGGAGGAGGAAGAGGAUGAAGAAUAUCCCAAUGAGCACACAUAUUCUAAAAGCUGUGAUUGUGCUGAUGAAAUUAUUGAAGCAAUGCAACAAAAUAUUCCAGCAAUUUCCCGCAGCGUGUCGGAAGAUUUUUUGCAAAGGUCUGAUGCAGCUCUUCAGAGGAGGAUAUCAGUUGUGGCCACUAGUAAAGGAAAGCUAAUGGGAGUACCAAGAGUUCGGCCUGGGGAGAAAUUACUUGUAAGGUCACCUUCAUCAAGUAGUCAACCUAUUUCUAGGACACAACAGAGAAUCCUGAGUGUCAGCAGUGAUGUACCAAAGAAAUCAAGGUUUACAGCUGAGCAGAAAUGGAUUGCUUUUUGCUUGUGUUUAGUGGAUUUUACUGCAUUCCUAAGUAUGUCCAUAAUAGCUCCAUUUUUUCCGCAGGAGGCUGCCAGUAAAGGGAUGCGAGAAGCUGUAUCUGGCUUUGUUUUUAGUAUUUAUGCAUUAGUUAUUAUGAUAUCUUCUCCUGUGUUUGGAAAAAUACUUCCUCAUGUUGGUGCUAAAUUUAUGUUUCUUUGUGGAGUUGGAUUUUGUGGUGGAUGUAAUGUGUUAUUUGGAUUAUUAGAUAAAGUCAAUGGACAAGUAGAGUUUGCUGUACUUUGUUUCGUCGUACGAUCAUUUGAAGCAUUAGGAGCAGCUGCCUUUUGCACUGCGUCAUGCACAAUACUCAUUGAUCAGUUUCCAGAUGACAUAGGCACAGUAUUUGGUUUUACCGAAACAUGCAUUGGAGUUGGAAUGAGUAUUGGUCCUGCUCUUGGUGGCGCUCUUUAUGCUGUUGGUGGAUUUGGCUUACCAUUUUUCACCCUUGGAGGCUUAGUCAUGCUUGUAGUUCCUUUAUGCUGGUAUUUGCUACGAAAUGUGAAAGAUCCUGAAGGAUUAAUGAAACCUCCAGUUUCUUACAAAAAGUUAUUAUCCAUGCCACAUGUUGUAGUUGUUUGCCUUAUUUUAGCAGUUUCAUCUCAAGCUCAAGGAUUUAUAGAUCCCACCUUAGAGCCCCAUAUGCGACAGUAUGGUUUAGAUGCUAGCAUAGUGGGUUUACUCUUUCUUCUACUGUCGGGUGCAUAUGCAAUAUCUUCACCUAUUGUAGGAUGGGUCAGUGGGAAUGUGGAAAAUAAGUAUCCCCUUAUGAUAAUUGGUUUGAUACUUGUCACUAUUGCCAUGCUUCUGUUGGGCCCUUCCGAUAUUUUGCCAUUACAAGGGAGUGUAUGGCUUUCGAUUGUUUCCUUGAUUUUGAUGGGGUUUUCCUUUGCUGCUGCCUAUGUCCCUACAUUUGAAAGCAUGUUUAUUGCAGCUAUGAAUGGUGGUUUAGAAGAUGACAUUAAUACUUACAGUGUUGUAUCUGGCUUAUGGAACAGCAUGUACUCUUUGGGUGAAGUAACUGGUCCUUCACUGGGAGGGAUUCUGUCUGAUUUUUUUACCUUUCCUGAAGCUUCUACUCUUAUGGCUCUUUGUACCUUAGCUGCGUUUCUGGUUGCUUUGGUGGCUUGGUGGAAUCCUUGUGAAUGUUUUGGGCCUUACAGCCUUAUUGAGGAUGCUGAAGAAAAGUUGGCAUCAUCGGCUGAGAAUUCUGAAGAGACUGAUCGCGUUCCUUCUCGCGAGCAAACACCACUUCAGGAUGGAAACGUUCACACUUACGGCAGCUUGUGGGAAGAUAAGAAAAAUCCUGUUGUAUAAAUAGGUUUGAAUGUCACCAUGAAACUCUUGGACUGCCCUUUAGAACUUUUAUUAUAUCAAAAGAAAUUAUUAUUUAUAUAAUAAAUGUGAAUAGUAUCUUCCUAUGCUCAAUAUUACUAUUUUUAAUGUACGUUUUUAUAUCAUUCAUUUGGUUCAUAUUUAUUCCAAGUACAUUAUAUGAAAGUAUGUGUUUACAAUAUGAACUUCUUAAACAUUUCUUUAUGUUUAAAAAUGUAAGUCCUAAUAGUAUUUUGAUGUAUAAAUUGUUUAAAUUUUAAGCUGUUUUGGUGUUUGUAUAAUUAUGUUAGAUCUUAUUAAGUGACGCUGCAUAUUUUAAUCAGUGUUAUUGUACAAGUGUUAAAAUUGGUUCUUUUUUCUAAUAUAUGAUGCCAUAAUAUCUCAGCAUUAUAAUUUUAUUGUAGGAAAUUUUAAAUAUGUAAAUGAUAUUAGUUAUUUAAUAAAAUAUGCUUGAAAAUGAAUUGUUGAUUAUGAUAAAAUUAUAGAAUAAAAAAAAGUUAGUAUCAUGUAAUGGAUGAAUUAUUAUUUCUUCUUUUAUGGCCUGUUAAUUUAUAUUCUUUUUGUUUUGGUUAGUGCACUAUAAACACAGUGUUUCAGUUGAUUAAGUGAAACACUGUGUUUAUAGUGAGUUGAUCAGAUUAUUAUUAAAUUAAGUGCUUUUCCCCCUUUCUCUUUUUUCUUUUUUAUAAAACUUCUUGUUAUUAGUAGCAUUUAAUCUAAUUUCUGAUUCUCUUUGUUAAGCCAGAUUUUGAAAAUUAUUCAACCAUUUCAUACUUUUAAUGAUAACAAAAGACACUAAUACAGCAUCUGUAAAAGAUGUAUGUAUAUGACUAUGAUGUAUGUGAAAGUUUAUCUCUAAAAUUUAAGAUUAUGUGUGUAAAAAAUUGAACUUACCUAAGCUCAUUUGUUACAUGUACCAAUUUUUAAAGAUUAUAAUAGUAAGAAAUUCCUUAUUUUCUGCUCUGCAUCAUAACUAUAUAUGGUGAUUUAUAUUUAUAUUCAUCAUAACUAUGUAUGUUACAUUUUCAGAUUUUUCAAUUUAUACCUUUUUAUACAUGAAUAAAAAAUACAAACAUUUUCAGGUCUUUUAAAAAAUGGCAUGUAUAUGUGGAAAUUCAUUUUAAAAUCUUAAAUCCAAAUCAUGAUGUAAUGUCAAUAUUCUCACUUAUAGAAGUUAUCAGGUUUAAAUAACAAGGUAUAUUUUCAUAAGAAAUGGAACCUUGAUCUAUCAUCGAUAGGGGGAUUUAAAUAAUAAUUUCCUAAAACAGUACAGAUAUUUAUGAGUAUGUAAAAGUAUGAAGAAACUAAAAUAUAACUUAAAAAAAGAUUUUUCAGAUGUAUUGAUGAUGCAGUAGAAUAUUUUGCUAGUACAAAUGUAAAUGCUUAUCAGACUGAACUCAGGAAUUAUUCCCUGAAGGCAUAUAAAAUGUUAUUAGUUUGUAUGUACUCCCUCCACAUUUCUCAUAUAACUUUUCAAGCAACAGUAUUGUUGCUGAAUGAUUCUCAGACAGUAUCUUGAGUUACUGAUUGAGGUUUCUAUGCUUCCAUCUUGUAGUUAUGUCUUUUUUAUUCUUUUAUUUGUGCAUAUUCUUCAAUUCUGUGUGUAUGUAAAGUUAAAACUUGUGGCUUUUUUUCCUGUACAUUUAAUGAAGUUAAAAUAUUCUUGAAAGUGUUCAUUCUGUUGGUAAAUGUUAUUCUGAUGAUGCUUGUCUUCCUUUCUUCCCUUUCACUAAUAUUUUUCUUAUCAAAAAACUUAGAAUUCAGUGCUGUUAAAUAUAAUUUUAUGUAAGCUUUUAUAUGAAUAUUAAGGGUUUCUUUUAGCUACCUUUAAUAUUUAAUUUGUCUAUAUAUAUUUUUUCAUCUUAUUACAAAUAAUCUUUAUAAAGCCUGUUUCUAGAUUUUGAAAUUCAUUAUUUUGCAUAUUUUA